CGAACUCCACUGCCCCAGGGAGAGGAGGCGGCCGCGGGCGUAGCAGGUGGGAAAGGAAGUGCGGACCUCGCCGGGGAAAGGCCAGGCGGAAAGCCGAGCGCACGCGCCUCCUCACCUUAGCUCGCGGGGGCUCAGACUCCUGCUGCCGGCAAGGUUUGGACCCGAGCGACUGGACUCGACUGGACCAAGGGGCGGGCCCUGCCUAGAAAGGACCCUUCACCCUUCCCACCGGCUCCGCGGGCUUCGCAGGCCUUCCGGGCUGCCCUCCGGCUGCCUGACUGGAAAAUCCGGAACUCUGUCCCCCUCCUCCCUGGCCUGCCUUCCUCCCCGCGGAGAAGGUGUCCUUUCCGCCCCGUUAGCCAGAAGCGAAGGGCGAGGUUAAGGAACCGGCGGCAGCUCGCCAUAGCGGUGUUAGUCAGGCAGUACAUCGGGCGCCUGGCCAGAGCCAGGCUACGGAAAGAAAAGUCCUCUGCUUGGCUCCCACGACUUGAAGCGCCGUCCACUUUCGUCCUUUCCUGCUCAAGAUGGUGGCCUCCCGGGCAGUUGGCAGCCUCAGCCGCUUUACUCCCUCCAGGAUGCUCCGCUGCCCAGGUUAUAUUUGCCGCAACUUUACAAAGUCCUCUGCUUUGCUGACCAGAACCCAUAUUAACUAUGGAGUCAAAGGGGACGUAGCAGUUAUUCGAAUUAACUCACCCAAUUCAAAGGUGAAUACUCUGGGUCAAGAACUGCAUUCAGAGUUCAUAGAAGUAAUGAAUGAAGUCUGGUCUAGCAAUCAAAUCAGAAGUGCUGUCCUUAUCUCAUCAAAGCCAGGGUGCUUCAUUGCAGGUGCUGAUCUCAACAUGUUAACUGCUUGCACGACCCCUCAAGAGGUAACACAAAUAUCACAGGAAGCACAGAAAAUGUUUGAGAAAGUUGAGAAGUCCACAAAGCCUAUUGUGGCUGCCAUCAAUGGAUCCUGCUUAGGAGGAGGACUUGAGCUUGCCAUUUCAUGCCAAUACAGAAUAGCAACAAAAGAUAAGAAAACAGUACUGGGUUCCCCUGAAGUCUUGCUGGGAAUCCUACCAGGAGCGGGAGGCACACAAAGGCUACCCAAAAUGGUGGGUGUGCCUGCUGCUUUUGACAUGAUGCUGACUGGUAGAGGCAUUCGUGCAGACAGAGCAAAGAAAAUGGGACUCGUUGACCAGCUGGUGGAACCGCUGGGACCAGGAAUAAAACCUCCAGAAGAACGGACAAUUGAAUACCUAGAAGAAGUUGCAAUUACUUUUGCUAAAGGACUAGCUGAUAAAAAGAUCUCUCCAAAGAGAGACAAGGGAUUGGUAGAAAAAUUGACAUCGUAUGCCAUGAGUAUUCCAUUUGUCAGGCAACAGAUUUACAAAAAGGUGGAAGAAAAAGUACGAAAGCAGACCAAAGGCCUUUAUCCUGCACCUCUGAAAAUAAUUGAUGUAGUGAAGACUGGGAUUGAGCAAGGGAGUGAUGCUGGCUAUCUCUCUGAAUCUCAGAAAUUUGGAGAGCUUGCAAUGACCAAAGAAUCAAAAGCCUUGAUGGGACUUUACCGUGGUCAGACCCUAUGCAAGAAGAAUAAAUUUGGAGCUCCGCAGAAGGAGGUUAAGCAGCUCGCCAUUCUUGGCGCAGGGCUAAUGGGGGCCGGCAUCGCCCAGGUCUCCGUGGAUAAGGGCCUACAGACUACACUGAAGGAUGCUACGCUAGCCGCGCUGGGGCGAGGACAGCAACAAGUGUUCAAAGGACUGAAUGAUAAAGUGAAGAAGAAAGCACUAACAUCGUUUGAAAGGGACGCCUUUUUCAGCAACUUGACUGGGCAGCUCGAUUACCAGGGUUUUGAAAAGGCUGACAUGGUGAUUGAAGCUGUUUUUGAGGACCUCAGUCUUAAGCACAAAGUGCUCAAGGAAGUAGAAGCAGUGAUUCCAGAUCACUGUGUCUUUGCCAGCAACACAUCUGCUCUCCCAAUCAACGAAAUUGCUGCUAUCAGUAAAAGACCUGAGAAGGUGAUUGGCAUGCACUACUUCUCUCCUGUGGACAAGAUGCAGCUGCUGGAGAUUAUCACAACUCCAAAAACUUCUAAGGACACAACUGCUUCUGCUGUAGAAGUUGGUCUCAAACAGGGGAAGGUCAUCAUUGUGGUUAAGGACGGACCUGGCUUCUAUACCACCAGGUGCCUCGCACCCAUGAUGUCUGAAGUCAUCAGAAUUCUCCAGGAAGGAGUUGGCCCUAAGAAGCUGGAUUCCCUGACCACAAGCUUUGGCUUUCCUGUGGGCGCUGCUACACUGGUGGAUGAAGUUGGCGUGGAUGUAGCAAAACACGUAGCAGAAAAUCUAGGCAAAGUGUUUGGGGAGCGGUUUGCAGGUGGAAGCCUAGAAGUGCUGAAGCAGAUGAUAUCCAAGGGCUUCCUGGGUCGCAAAUCCGGGAAGGGCUUUUACAUCUACCAGGAGGGUGUGAAGAAUAAGAAUUUGAACUCUGACAUACACAGUGUUUUGGCAGGUCUGAAGAUGCCUUCUCAGCCUGAUGUCUCCUCGGACGAAGACAUCCAGUACCGCCUGGUGACCAGAUUUGUGAACGAGGCUGUCCUGUGCCUGCAGGAAGGGGUCUUGGCCACGCCUACAGAGGGAGACAUCGGCGCGGUCUUCGGGCUUGGCUUCCCCCCCUGUCUUGGAGGGCCCUUCCGCUUUGUGGAUCUGUAUGGCGCUCAGAAGAUAGUGGACCGGCUCCGGAAGUACGAGGCUGCCUAUGGAAAACAGUUCACCCCGUGCCAGCUGCUUAUGGACCAUGCCAGCCGCCCUAACAAGAAGUUCUACCAGUGAGCAGGCCCUGAACCCUGCUCGCUCACCCACUAACGCCAGCCGCGGCAGCGCUGGUUCUCGACAGAGUGGCGUCUAGGUUUAUCAGAGUAACCAGAAGGAAAACAAAUUCUGGCAUUGGGUGUGUGCCUUGAUUAAAGUGCCUUCAGCUGUGGGCAUCUCUCCCUCCCAGGGAAGUCUGGCUGUGAAGUAGUUUGUACUUCGUGUUGGAAGGCGGAACCCUCUGUGCUCACGAAUUCGUAAGCCCCGAGGCCCAGAGUAGCAGCGUCCCUGGAGCCAUCCUUGCUGCCUGUUCCUCCCAGGAGACCAGUGGUGGCCAAUGGUGGUGAGGGCAGUUCUGCACCCAGCCAAAUACUUAACAGUAAAAACCAAACACUAUCAGCUUC